UGAUUGAUGAAAGAUAUCAAGGUCACAGAAUUUAAGCUAAGCUAACCUAUCAGAUUUUGACAAAUAAUGGAAUAAAAAACGUAUUGUCAUCUUGUGAUUUGUAAUAAUAAUUAGUUUACAUGUUGAUCUCACAUUAAUUAGUAUAUAUUCAAGUGAUAUCAAUAAUUUUCUUCUAAUAGUUUACGAAGAUGGAACGUCCAAACAUCAUCAUGAUAAUAUUAUGCGUUGCUUUACCUUUGAUGGUAACCUACGUCAACAGUGAAUUCAGUGCAGAAGACUGUUGGGCGCUUGGCUUGAAUAAGGCUAAUCUACUUUGCUCAUCCUGUGAUAUUUUGAAAAAACACGACUUGGAAUUCAUAAGGAAUCAUUGUACUGAAUGUUGUCACCAUGAUGAGACAGGGCCUGCUAUCAAACGCUACUCAAAAGCUAUUCUUGAAGUUUGCACUUGUAAAUUUGGUGCCUACCCUCAAAUACAAGCAUUUGUAAAGAGUGACAGACCUGCCAAGUUCCCCAAUCUUCAAAUCAGAUACGUGCGCGGAUUAGACCCAAUAAUAAAAUUGAUCGGCAAAGAUGGAGACGUAGAAGAGGUUCUCGCCAUCGAAAAAUGGAACACUGACUCGGUUGAGGAAUUUCUAAAUACACAUUUGGAGUCUAGUGACAAGGACAGUGAACCUGAUUACUUGAAAACUAAUCAGAUAUAGAUGAAUUCCGACCUACAAUCAAUGGCUUAAAAUGGCCGUGCUAUAAUAAAACAAUGAUUUACAAUAUUUUAUGUUUGUAAAAGAGUAAAAAAUGUCGUUCAUAGAAGUAACCUAAUUAUUCAUGUUUUAUGAGCUGUGAAUGUAUAAACGUUUAUAAUGAUAGUUGUUUUAGAAUAAAAGAUUUUCCAGACAGA